GCGGCAGAAGAAGAAAACCAGCCAGGGUGCGGACGCUGUACUUCAUGGCGGAAGUUUCAGGUAUUGACGAAAGCUACGUAAGCUUUGCCAGCACGGGCGGCGAAGAAUCAGGAUUCCAAAGCGAGGCCAGUACCGUCACGGGACCCGAUGCAUCGCAAGACGAGGACCCUUACUCCGACGGAGUUGUUCCCCUCAUUUGCUGCUGCAUCCUAAUCUUGUUCGUCCUCAUGAUCAUCCUACUUAUCCUUAUCUCCAACCUGCACGUCACUGAAUACGAGGACCCAGAGAAGACUGUGUCGGUGUCGUACAGCAAUAUGUUCCAUGGGCCACCUGGAGCAGGACAGAACGCUAGCGACAGCGAUGAGCAGGCGACAGCGGGCUCUGGGCAAAACAGCACGAGACCGGGCCCACAUCCUGGCAGUGGACAGCACAAAGGCGGGCAUGAUAAGCAUGGUGGCGGCCAUAAUAAGCAUGGUGGCGACCAUAUACCUGGUGGCAAGAGUGUGCCUGGUGGCAGACCUAUUCCAGGCCGUCGCCCAACGCCGAAACGAACGCCACCAAAGCCACCCAGUGGGUCCAGACCAAGGCAUGUACCCCGCACGCCGUCAAGGACCCCAAGCCCGACGCCUCGCCCUACGCCGAAACGAAUGCCACCAAAGCCACCCAGUGGUUCCAGGCCAAAGCGUGCGCACCACACACCGCGAAGGACCCCAAGAGCAACACGUCGACGAACGCCGAAACGAACACCAGCAACGCCACCCAGCGGGUCCAGACAUAGGCCGGUGCCUCGCACGCCGCGAAUCACCCCGAGACCGACACCUCGCUCAAGGCCGAAACGAACGCCACUAACGCCACGCAGACCGAGGCCUGUACCCCGCAGACCGCGAAGGAGGCCAAGCUGGACACCUCGACCAACACCGAAACGAACACCAGCAGCACCACCCAGCGGGUCCAGACAUAGGCCGGUGCCUCGCACGCCGCGAAUAACCCCGAGACCGACACCUCGUUCAAGGCCGAAACGAACGCCACUAACGCCACGCAGACCGAGGCCUGUACCCCGCAGACCGCCAAGGAGGCCAAGCUGGACACAUCAACCAACGCUGAAACGAACACCAGCAACGCCACCCAGCGGGUCCAGGCAUAGGCCUGUACCCCGCACACCGCCAAGGAGGCCACGCUGGACACAUCAACCAACGCCGAAGCGAACACCAGCAACGCCACCCAGCGGGUCCAGGCAUAGGCCUGUACCCCGCACACCGCCAAGGAGGCCACGCUGGACACAUCAACCAACGCCGAAACGAACACCAGCAACGCCACCCAGCGGGUCCAGGCAUAGGCCUGUACCCCGCACACCGCCAAGGAGGCCACGCUGGACACCUCGACGAACGCCGAAACGAACACCAGCAGCGCCACCCAGCGGGUCCAGACAUAGGCCGGUGCCUCGCACGCCGCGAAUAACCCCGAGACCGACACCUCGCUCAAGGCCGAAACGAACGCCAGUAACGCCACGCAGACCGAGGCCUGUACCCCGCACACCGCCAAGGAGGCCAAGCUGGACACCUCGACGAACGCCGAAACGAACACAAGCAACGCCACCCAGCGGGUCCAGACAUAGGCCUGUACCCCGCACACCGCCAAGGAGGCCAAGCUGGACACCUCGACGAACGCCGAAACGAACACCAGCAACGCCACCCAGCGGGUCCAGACAUAGGCCUGUACCCCGCACACCGCCAAGGAGGCCAAGCUGGACACCUCGACGAACGCCGAAACGAACACCAGCAACGCCACCCAGCGGGUCCAGACAUAGGCCUGUACCCCGCACACCGCCAAGGAGGCCAAGCUGGACACAUCGACCAACGCCGAAACGAACACCAGCAACGCCACCCAGCGGGUCCAGACAUAGGCCUGUACCCCGCACACCACCAAGGAGGCCAAGCUGGACACCUCGCUCAAGGCCGAAACGAACGCCACCAACGCCACCCAGACCGAGGCCAGUACCCCGCACGCCGCCAAGGACGCCACGCUGGACACCUCACCCAACGCCGAAGCGAACACGACCAACGCCACCCAGACCGAGGCCUGUACCCCGCAGGCCGCCAAGGACCCCAAGGCCGACACCUCGCCCAACGCCGAAACGAACACCACGAGCCCCACCCAGUACGCGCAGACUACCUGUGCCUGUGCCCCGCACGCCGCGAAGGACCCCAAGAUCAACACCUCGACCAACGCCGAAACGAACACCAGCAACGCCACCCAGCGUGUCCACACCGAGGCCGGUACCUCGCACGCCACCAACGACACCGAGCACGAUUCCACCGCCAAGCUAUGAGAACCGUGCCUUCACGCUCAUCUGUGUGUUCGAAUAUCUGCCAUACGUACUUCCUCGCAACACGCCCCAGUGCACCGAUUAUGUGUACAUCCGGUUCUUCGUGUACUCGCAACGGGCUAACCAGGAACCGCUCGUGUUCGAGAAGAAGAAGCGAUACGAUGGCACAGUCAAGCUGUACUAUGACGACACUCGUGAAGUGUGGCGGAAGCUGGGCUCUUACAGGAUCCUGGACAACAACGUGAGGAACAGCAAGCGCAACUUCCGCCACUCACGCUGGUUCCUUGGCAUGUGGGGCGCUACAUUCAGCCGCCUCAUGUCGGGUCUGUGGAACGAGGACAUCUUCCGGGCUGCACUUCGUAACACGCUUCGGGGCAACUUCAGUGAUAAGCUGAAGAUCACUGACAUCAACGGGUUCGCAAUUAUCAACACCAUCCUCGCGGACACAAGGCCACUGGGUCGGGCGAAGUCAUUCGGCGAAGCUUUCCGGUCAGUGAAUAAUCCCAUCCUGGAACCUGGCUGGGCCUACAUUCAUACUGUAGCCAUUUGGCCGGGCGGAGAAGCGCUCGUUCCAGAAUCGAUGGUGGCCAACAUACUCAGGGAUGCCGACGUGGUCGGGAUAAGCACGAGCAAUAGCACCGACGAGAGCAACAUCAUCCUCAGCCGAGGGUCGGGCAACACUGUUCCCUACAUGGCCGCUUCCCCGCCUAACCCCAUCAUGCCACCUGGUCCAGGCACCCGGGGAAUGCUGGACAUCCUGAGGGACUUUCCGCACUGGAAGCAGGUGCUGAAGCGCCAGAAGCUCUGCUUUUCUGUCACGACGUCCAUCAACUACGCGCAUAACAGCGUAGAUAACAUCGACUUCGUCUAUCCUAUCCGCCUGAGGGACGACGUGCAACGAUACCGCCGGUUAAGGUUCACGACCAAGAACCGCAAGCACAGGUACCCAGUGGAGGAUAUGGGUGGGACCACCUAUCACUACGACGACACAACGCACACGCACUUCUGGCGUCUCGUUCGCAGCGGCAAGUUGUUGACCUUCUUCGCAUAUGACACGGGCAAGACGUUGUCGUACAAGGUGACGGAAAUGCUCAAAGUUUACGGAAAUGACAAGUGCGUCGUCUUUGAUGAUCUGGGAGAGGACGCCAUGGCAGCUAACUUCACCGCCAGGGGCAGGACCGUUCACUUCGGGAAGUUCGAAAUGCUGUCGGCCGUGCACUCUGUGAUGAGGAAGAAAUACGGUGUGCCGUUUCCCGGGUAGACAUGAUGACAGGGUUCUAGUUUACUCUGCACAUAACUCUGCACGCAGCAAAGAGAGUGACGUCUGGGUAAACUAGAAGUGACUAUUCUUGCAACGUCGCCACAAGUGGGAGCCCCUUUAAAUUUAUACUAGACCCGCUCGGCUUGCCAGUGCCGUCGGCAAGUGCGGUUUGCGACGUCGUUGCUCCUUUGCGCUUGUUUAUUGCUGACAGUGACAGUGAUCCAGUGACGUAGAUUAUUGUAUACAUGGUUUUUUUUGGCACCAUGAACGCAUGCAUCUUUGAAGUUAUCAUUUGAACAUUCUGCUGCAGCCUGCAAGUUCCCCUCUUUUGGCUUUAUGCCUGCUUACGCCGAAUUUCAUAGCGCAUACGGUUAUCAUGUUUAUCGCUUCAUGAUCACCACGUUCACGAUUCAACUACCGACCUUAUAAACGAAAACACAAUCAUCGUUAUUACAAGCAUGUGGAUGUGAUUGUUUACUUUGACUGUGGUGUGUGUCGUAAAACUUAUUCUUUGUUUUAGGGGAUGAUUGUUCUAUAAGGCACUGCCAUUUGAUGUAUAUACUGCCGUUUGUUCUUCCAGUAAGGUGUAUACCAGAGAAAUUCUUUUAACAUGCUAAGAUCUUGUCGGAGCGGCCGUUAUAAGAUGAUUUCGCACCAGAUCCAAGGUGUAUUUCUGUCUUCGUUCGUGCUGCCAGCUUUCCACAACCCAUUUUCUCUCCUGACACGUAUACCGUC